AUGUCUCAACAUGUCUAAGCAUCAGUGCAAUAUUCCUUCCCUAAAGCUCAAAGAUUUCGAAGACUUCAUACUCCUUGUUCAACAGACUAUUAUGAACCAAAUUAUUUUAGAAGCACCAGAGCUUCAGGAUUCGGAUAUGGAAAUAAGUUUGAUUUCACCAAAGUGUAAUUCUACACCGAAAGUUACUAUGAUCCAGCUAGCUCAUUUUCAAAUACAAAAGGUGCAUCUUUUGGACUCAGUAGAAACAUGGUCAAGAACAGAUCCUAUUUGCAGAAUAACGAUGUUCCAGGUCCAGGAUCUUAUCUAUAAAGUCCUCAAAAAUCUAUUGGUUACUCUAUUGGAUAGAGAGUAGGAGUAUGUCCUCACACAACAGAAAUGCCUGGUCCUGGAGCAUAUGAUCCCAAUAUUUAUAAGAACAGAAGCAUUUCUAUUAACAAAGGUCCUGAUAGAUUCUCAACUGAAUCCACAUUUAUGCCUGGACCUGGAGAAUAUAAUGCCUAACUUAUACAAACAUAACCAAAGUGUCGAUUUGGUAGUGCUAAAAGAAAGUGCUUUAUUGAUGAUGCUGUUAGAGCAGCUAAAAAGAGUGGAGGUAUUAUUCUAUUCUAUGCAACUAUUUUAGUUCCUGGCCCAGGUAACUAUACAUCAAUUACAUAAUUUGUACAAUUAGAUAAAUAAAAGAGUAGACCAUCAACUGCAAAACAUUGA